ACUCUGUGCUGCCAUUGGUCCUCUGGCUCAGAAUCGUGUGACACAAAGACACCACGCCAUUGGUUCCACUGAGCUGUCACUCAAAAGCAGCCCUCCCACUCCAGCCCAGGGAGAGGUGGGCUGGCGUUGAGGACCUAUUUGAGGCCACCCUGGUUCACCCUGGUCUCAGUGGCAGCCCCUCUCCUCAGCUUCUCCUACAGACCAGAUGCUUCUACUCUCUAGGGCUGCCUGGAGCUCACUGUGUUUAGCGGUGGUUGCCAUGGCAGCAGAGCUGACUCAGGACCAGGUGUCGUGGACCAGGAGAGAAGGGGAAAAUGUCACCUUCAGAUGUACAGACACUGACCAGUGUGGUGACUAUAUCUUCUGGUACCAGAAGAAAGAGAGCGAAACCUUCACCCUGAUUCUCGACAUUAACAAGAGAAAUGGUGGUCUUGAUAAAAGAUACAAACAUCCUCAAAAGGAUGAUUUCUCAUCAGUCCUCAAAGAGAACAGCUGGGAGUUGUUUCUUCAGAAGGUGAACGCGUCCCAUUCUGCCACCUACUACUGUUCCUGUUAUACAAGUGGUGUCACACAAGUUAAUAUCAUCACUGAACUGGUUGUUGGAUAUUUCACUGUGGAUAUCCUAACCUUUGGUCGCGGCACCACCCUGGUUGUUACAGACAGGUCAGUGGUGCGGCCCAAAGUGAGCGUCUACCCAGCGACGGGAGCUGAUUUAAAGGGCCGGCGCUCCCUGCUGUGUGUGGCCAGAGACAUGGUCCCUGAGGAGGUCCGGGUGUCCUGGAGGAGGAGAGGGGGGGGCAGAGGGGGGGGGGGAGGACGGGGAGCAGCUGGAGCUCAGAGCACCGACAUACGCUGCCAGCAUCCUGGUUAUUGAUCAGGGAGAAACCCUCACAGAUCAAUACAACUGUAGGGUUGAGCAUGAGAGCGGUCGGCAGGAGGUGGAGGUCCCAGCAGAAAUGACCUUGACGUCAGAAGGCCCCGGAAUGAUAGAAAUGACCUUGACUUCAGAAGGCCCCGGAAAGACAGAUGUUACCUUAGCGACGGCAGUAACUACAGACCCCCGGCGUCCAGGGAGACCCAGAGAAGGUCCUUCAGAUGAAACACACCAGUCCCUCCAGGUGAUGUCCAGAGCCAGGCUGGCGUCUCUGCUCUACACAGUGAUGGUGGUGAAGAGUGUGCUCUGCUGCUGUGGCCUGGCUCUCCUGCUCCUCCACACCAACAAGACCAGCAGGACGCCCAGAACCAGCACCACCACAGCCCUGGACUGACGCUGCUGUCCCCCAGAACCAGCACCACCACAGCCCUGGACUGACGCUGCUGUCCCCCAGAACCAGCACCACCACAGCCCUGGACUGACGCUGCUGUCCCCCAGAA